UCAAUAUGCACAAGACGAAUCCAUUAAAAGUAAUGUAAAAAAUAAAGAAAAAAAAAGUUACAAAUCUUUGUUGACCAUACAAUACCUUUGUUAUGGGUUCCCAUCAUUAAAUAUUUAUACCUUCAACUGUAUUUUAAAUAUAAUCAUAAAGUUCGAGAAAGAGUUACGGAGUUCCCGGGAACCCUCCGCAGCUUGCACCGUUGAUCCGCUCCGGCGCACAAGUAACCUCUUCUGUACCCAUCUGUUGUCUGAGUUCAAACUUAUUCAAAUACUAGAUCCGCCCUUGCUCAUAACAAACUUCAUAGCUAGAAAGCUGUCUGUUAUACGAAUGGCAUACUUCCUGUCGGUCUCAUAGAAAUGUGACAAUCUGUAUUCUUCUGAACUACAUCUAUCUUGUGUUUUCCAACAUUUAUAAAAUGGUGGAAUAUCCCAUGCUUUUUGACUGACAAGCAGACAUCAUCCUCACAAAUCGAAAUUCACAAUGCCAACCACACAGUACCAUAAGAUAAGGCUGAAUAUGCUUAUGUCUGCUCUUACAUCAUCAGUUUAUAGUAAAGGCUUUGGCUUCAAUGGACAUGUAUAAAUUAAGCAAUGUUGAAACAAUAGUGUAUCACAAAUAUUUUCUGGUUUUUUUUCUACUAAUAUUAUUUAACAAUGGUUGUUCCCACAGUGCAGCCACAUUUUGUAUUGUUUCCUUUCAUGGCACAAGGCCACAUGAUCCCUAUGAUUGACAUUGCGCAACUAUUAGCACAGCGCGAAGUUAUAAUCACAAUCCUUACUACACAAUCUAAUGCUAAUAGAUUCAAUACAGUCGUCGAUCGUGCAAUAGAGGCAGGGCUUAAAAUUCAGGUGGCUCACCUCUACUUUCCAAGCUUAGAGGCUGGACUACCUGAAAGGUGUGAAAAUUUCGACAUGCUUCCUUCGAUGGAUUUGGCGCCAAAAUUCUUCGAUGCUACGAAAAGACUUCAAGCCCAAGUGGAAGAAAUGUUGGAAAAACUCAAACCUUCACCAAGCUGCCUAAUAUCUGACAUGUGUUUCCCAUGGACAACUAAUGUUGCACAAAGACUUAACAUCCCUAUGAUUGUAUUUCAUGGGACGUGUUGUUUCUCUUUAUUGUGCUUACACAAUUUGAGAGAUUGGGAUGAGUUAGAAAAGAUUGAGUCUGAUAGAGAGUACUUUCAAGUGCCUGGAUUAUUUGACAAGAUUGAACUAAACAAAGCUCAGAUUAUAAAUAUUUUUGGUCCAAGAGAUUCAGGUGGGAAAGAAUUCUGGGAUCAAAUGAAGAAAGCAGAAGAAGUAUCUUAUGGGAUAGUGGUGAAUAGCUUUGAGGAUUUGGAACAAGAAUAUGUCAAGGGAUUGAUGAAUGCCAAAGGCAAGAAAAUUUGGACAAUCGGCCCCGUUUCACUCUGCAACAAAGAGAAACAGGAAAAAGCUGAAAGAGGGAACAAGGUUUCAAUUGAUGUACACAAGUGCCUAAAGUGGCUUGAUUCUUGGGAACAAGACUCUGUACUCUUUGUAUGUCUCGGUAGCCUAUCGCGUCUUUCCACGUCUCAGAUGAUAGAGCUGGGGCUCGGUUUGGAAUCAUCAAAACGACCCUUCAUUUGGGUUGUUCGACACAUGUCAGAUGAGUUCAAAAAUUGGCUGGUGGAACAAGGUUUUGAGGAAAGAGUUAAAGGACAAGGACUUCUAAUCUGUGGUUGGGCGCCACAAGUACUAAUCUUGUCUCACCCUUCAAUUGGGGCAUUCUUGACGCACUGUGGAUGGAAUUCUAGCCUGGAAGGUAUAUCUGCUGGUGUGCCGAUGAUCACUUGGCCAAUAUUUGCUGAGCAGUUCUGCAAUGAGAGGCUAAUAGUGAAUGUACUCAAAACUGGAGUGAAAGCUGGCAUGGAGAAUCCAGUGUUGUUUGGGGAGGAGGAAAAAUUGGGAGCACAAGUGAGCAAAGAUGAUGUUAAGAUGGUAAUUGAAGAAGUAAUGGGUGAAGAAAUGGAAGCUGAAAAGAGAAGAAAAAGAUCUAAAGAAUUAGGAGAAAAGGCAAGGAGGGCGGUGGAGAUAGGGGGUUCCUCUCACCUCAACUUGAUACAACUAAUUCAAGAUGUCACAGAGCAAGCAAAUUUUUUAAAAUCCAUCUAGGAAAAGGUCGAUUUAGGAGUUGGUUCAAAUCAAGUAUAAUAGUAAUGUUAUGUUGGGUAAAGUUUAGUUACUUUUAUUUUUAUGUACCAUUCCACUUUCUCGCAUGAUAUGCAUGUUGAAAUUUGAUCUUUUCUUAGUAUACAAAAAUCAUUUUCCAA